AUGGACGGCGCCGCGAGCCUGAGCGUCAGCAUCCUGAUCUUCAAAGGCGACCCCGUCGACUACCAGCGCCACCGCCACACUGCACUCGCCUUCCGCCCGCUCUUCCAGGCCGGGGGCCAGUCGCCGCCGCAGUCCGGCGGCACCUCCGGAUCGUCGGCGCUCGUCAUCCACGUCACCGGCCCGCCGGGCGAGCUCGGGCUGCAGGUCUACGACGGCUACGACGCCAGCCGCGACCCAGGGCGGACGCUCGUGCGGGCGGUGCUGGUGGGCACGCUGCGCAAGGAGAUCACCAAGACGGAGCUCGUGCAGCUGCUGGCGCAGGUGCCGAUUGAAAACGCCGACCGCGAGUUCAACUGCCAGUCGUGGGUCGAGAAGGGACUGCGGCUGCUGCGCCACAUGGAGUGGGUGAGCGAGCACGAGUUCGAGCAGGGCCUGGACGCCAUGGUCGAGUGCAUCUUGGAGGCCGAGGAGGAGCCCGAGGGCUGA